CUGUAUACCGGCAUAGAUAAGUGUCGACGCACGUGUUCGUCAUAUCAUUCGGUGCCGCACGAGCGAACAGCUUUCUAGGGAUUCAUCUCUCGGAGUUACAUUAGAGAGGGCAGUGGAAUAGACAGGCGGUGUGGAACAGCUGGUGCCGCAGAGGGUUCGUGUCAGAGGUCUGACCACUUAAAAGGAUGGAACGCGAACUUAUCUUGCGCUCAGGAAAGAAGCUGGCGGGGAAAAACAACAUCGACAAUAAAAAUGGAACCACUCUCUCCAAUGGUUUUCAUGAUCACAAGAAAGACUCCGACAUAGGGUUACCUAUCUACAGGAAAUUCUUCGACCAGAUUGUCGUCCCAUUCCUCCUGAUCCUUGUCACCCCUCAUGUUGGCAUAUUGUUUUGGUAUACCCACCGACAGUGUGACGGAAGCUAUGCCAAACUCGGCAUGAUGUUCACAGAGAAGUCAUUCUUGUCGGGUAUGUACGAGAUUUGGUACCGUACUUUACACUGGCCCCAGGACGGACUGUGUUUUUACAUCCUUAUCGGCUACAGCAUGUGGGCCCUGUUCCUGAUGGCAGUCCUUCCUGGUGAAAGGGUCGAAGGUCCGGUUACUCCUAAAGGAAACGUUCCCGUCUAUAUUGACAAUGGUUUUAAACAUUUCGUUAUCACCAUGGUCUCUUUAGCCGCAUUGACUGUCGUUUUGAAGCAGUAUGGAAUGAGCCCGUCCGUCGUGUACGAUCGUUUUGAUGAAAUACUCCUUAUUCUGAAUGUGUUUAGUUUCAUAUUCUGUGCUUUCUUGUACUUAAAGGGACUGUACUCCCCUUCGUCAACAGACUGUGGAACAUCCGGAAACCCCCUGUUUGAUUAUUACUGGGGCACUGAACUAUAUCCUCGUAUUUUUAAUUUCGAUGUGAAAGUUUUCACCAACUGUAGAUUCGGUAUGACAGUCUGGGGACUUCUUGUCGCAAUUUUCGCUUUAAAAAGUUAUGAACUUCAUGGUUUCGUGGAUAGUAUGUUUGUAUCAGCGUUCCUGCAAUUGGCCUACAUCACCAAGUUCUUCUGGUGGGAAGCAGGUUACAUGCGCACCAUCGAUAUCAUGCUUGAUAGAGCCGGAUAUUACAUCUGUUGGGGUUGUCUUGUGUUCAUCCCUUCUUUCUACGCCUCUGUCAGUCUCUAUCUUGUCAGCAAACCAGUAAAUCUAGGUCCUGUGACGUCACUCCUGAUAUGUUUUUGCGGUUUGACAUCGAUAUAUAUAAACUACAUUGCCGACUGGCAGAAACAGAGAGUUCGCCAAACAAAUGGCGAAUGUCUCAUCUGGGGCAAAAAGCCGAACAUUCUGAGAGCUAAAUAUAUGUUGGAGAGCGGACAAGAAAGGGAGAGCAUCUUACUUGCUUCCGGUUGGUGGGGAAUGUCGCGCCAUUUCCACUACAUACCAGAAAUACUGUUGGCAUUUUGUUGGAGUCUGCCUGCCCUGACCGAGAAUAUAAUGCCUUAUAGCUAUGUCAUCUUUCUCAUCAUCCUUCUCACUCAUCGAAGCUUCCGAGACGACACGAAAUGUGGUAUGAAAUACGGCAAAUUCUGGGCAGAAUACUGCCGAAAGGUUCCACAUAAGAUCAUUCCCUAUCUGUUUUAAGAUUGAACAUUGAUGCUAUAUAAAAUCAGUGGAAACGUGAUGGGCUCGUCCAAUCAAAUUAUUGAACACUUGUAAAACCCAAAUCCAGGAUAUUCGUCAAAAUAUUAGGAAACUACAAUGAAAGUUGGAGAGAUGUUGCUUACGUUUUGUUUCAUAGAUUUAAUGUCGUAGUAGUUAUUUAUUUUCAUAUUUUUAAUGUUGUGACAAUUGCUCUUUAAAAUGACGUAUCUAGAAGUAUCGUAAUUGUGUCAUAUCCGGUUUCGUUCCGAAUGUUUGCUCUCUAUCAGUCUGAUUCCUUGUAUCAUAGUGUCUCAUAAGAAAACACUACUUUGGCUUGGUCAGUUUUAAUCAUUGGUGCUGUGUGACGUCAGAUAGCGAUGAGGUAAAUAGAUACGGCCAUACUCAAUGCUAAUACAUAUUUAAAAAAGGGUGUAUUUUUCUGAAUUCAAACUCAAUUCUUUUAGACCUGCAAACUGCUUAAGAUAUUGAGUUUCUACGGUCGUGUCUUUUUUUUUUACUGUACGUAUAUUUUCUGCAUUGAACUUAUAAGACGGUGCUUGUCAAGUUCAUUUAGUUUUUGAAGGUACAGUGUCAUUGGUAUACUUUGUCAAACAUUUAUAGACAAUGCUCAUUGUUACCGAAACUGUUAUGCACAGCCAUAUAAUCUUGCCUUUUUGGUUUUUUUUAUGUUUCAUUAGAGAUGUGCUUUUGUACUGAUUAAGAAAGUAAAAUUCUCCGUGUUUUUUUGACGUGCAGAGCGAGAGAAAAAAAGGUUGUUUACGUAUUGCCGUGCAUGAACUCCAUGACCCCAUUUCUUAGAUAUCAUUCGUUAUGAAGAUGUCCCAAUAACUGAAAAUGUUUAGGGCAAUUAAAGGUAAAUAAGGGUACUUCAAAUUGAAGGAUCAAUAUUGCACGCAAAGGUAAAACUUGUCGUGAUUGUCGAAUGAUGAUUCUGAAAGGGUGAGAGUUCUACUUACAAACGGCCUCGGACGAUUCGGUUACAUUGAAUUUCUACGGAAUCAACCAAACUGAGACGAUCGAUGUGUAUUUUCUAUGAACUUUGUCGAGUUAUGACAAAAAGAAUAGGAUGAAAAUUACACGAAAAUGAUAUUUUUUGUUGAAGGAAUAUGAGGUAAUGCUUGGAUGUGAAACAGCUACUUUUUUAAAUAUUGGAUGUCAUGUUAUAUUUUUUUUUACUGUUUACCAUAAAUAGUAAAUGUUUUUCAGGUAAAGACUGUAAGAAUAAAUAUUGUUUAUACAUGUCAUAUACUUAUUCUGAGAUGCAUUGAAAAUUCGUUUUUACUGGUUUUAGUUUUAUGAAAUGAGAACAAAUCACUAGAUGCGAGUCUCGGUAACUACCUGGAGUGAUUUACCAUUCCAUCAAUCUAGUUUUAUUAGUAAAACAUUUUACGGAUAUUUGGGAAGUUUUUUGUUUGUUCCAGUCGUAUAUUAAAACAAACGGAACGUUUUUAUCUAUUUUAUCAUUAAGGUAUUAAUUUUCUUGUCAUCUACGUCAAUAAAUAUAUGUACAAAUUUGA